AUGGACUGGGUCAACUUUCACAAUACUAUCGGGGGCAAGCCUCGAGGCGCGAAAACAGGGCGCCAUGGGACGAAUCCUUUAAAUCAACAACCGCUCUGGGAUGUGCCCGUAGCGACCGAGGGGGACGUUGACGACUGUGUAGCUGCCGCGCGCAAGGCGUUCCCGGCCUGGUCGCGGCGGCCGUACGAGGAGAGAACCGAGCUGCUAGACCGGUUCGCGGAUCUCUACCUCUCCCACGCCGCCGAGUUUUCACGGCUGCUUGCCGACGAGUGCGGGAGGACGGUCGAAAACGCGGCCAUCGAGGUCUGCUGGGCUGCACAGUGGCUUCGCUAUCCAUCCAAGUACAGGAUUCCACAAGACAGGAUCGAGGACGAGUCCAAGGUGGUGAGCAUCACGCGGGAGCCCCUUGGGGUCGUUGCUGCCAUUUGCCCGUGGAAUUCUAUCGGAAAGAUCUCCCCGGCCCUUGCCACUGGGAAUUGCGUAAUCCUCAAGCCUUCACCAUUCACGCCCUACACGUCCCUCAAGCUGGUAGAGUUGGCGCAGCAGGUCUUCCCGCCCUCGGUUCUCCAAGCGUUGAGCGGAGACAAUGACCUCGGUCCGCUGCUGGUGCGGCACCCUGGUGUCGACAAGAUCUCUUUUACGGGGUCCUCGGCCACAGGGAAGCAGAUCCUCAAGGCCGGUGCCGAUCAGAUGAAGCGCAUCACGCUGGAAACCGCCGGAAAUAACGCCGCCGUUAUCCUGCCCGACGUCGAUGUUGAGAUUGUGUGCCCACGAAUCGCCGGCGCCUUGUGGUUCAACGCAGGUCAAGUAUGCAUCGCACCGCGGAGGCUGUACAUCCACGAAGAAAGGUUUGAUGAGUUUGUCGAGAAGCUGGCCGGCGCGACGGCCGAUUUGAGCCGGGACAUGGCGGCGCGCAUCGGCCCCGUGCAAAACCGUGUUCAGGUGGAAAAGCUUGUUGAGUCGCUUCACGGAGCCGCUGACAUGGGGGCGCACGACUUCGUUUUGGGCGGGCCCGGGGCGUUGAGAUCGACCGAGGAGGACUUCUUCCUGCGGCCGACUAUUUGCAAAAACCCUCCGCCAGACUCUCCGCUUCUCCGGCAAGAGAACUUUGGACCCAUUGUCUGCUGCGUGCCCUUCUCUACGACAGAGGAGGCGGUGCGGCUCGCCAACGACACCGAGGGCGGCCUCGCGGCCAGCGUCUGGUCCGGCGACGUAGAGGCGGCCAGGCAGAUUGCUUCACAGCUCGAGGCCGGCAGCGUCUUUAUUAAUGGGCCCCCUCGGCCGGAUCCUUGCGUUCCUUUUGGCGGGCACAAGCAGAGUGGACUGGGCGUUGAGUAUGGCCUCGAAGGACUGCUGUCCUAUUGCCAGGUCAAGGCUGUCUACAUGUUCAAGUGA